CGACGUUAAUUUUCACUUGUCAUCAUUUUCCCAGCAGUGCCAUGUCUCCAAGUUGUUAAAAUGCCUUACGCUCACCGCUAUAUCUGCAUGCCUUGCUGGUGCAAAUCAGUUGUCUAUAUAAACCAACCAACCCAACUCCUAAUCAAACACAUCAUCCCAAGCAAAUCACUAAUAUCUCACUGCAAUUGUUGUAUUAGUCGCAAAACAUUGUUACUACAGUUAAUCUGUUUGUUGUUCUUUUGAAAAAUGGCGAAUUAUGGUUCAACACCCGAAAAAACUAACGAGAACUACGGGAACCCGACUUAUAACGGUAGUGCAGGAGCCGGUAGGACCGACGAGUUAGGGAACGUGGUUCAACACGGUCGGACUGAUACUGGCUACGGGACUGCUCAUGCCAAGCCUGGUGAUGAAGUGAUUGUUGGACGUCAUGGCGGCCCUGCCGUACUUCAGCGCUCCGGAAGCUCUAGCUCUUCUGAAGAUGAUGGGCUAGGUGGAAGAAGGAAGAAGGGACUAAAAGAAAAGAUAAAGGAGAAGCUACCAGGUGGUGGUAACAAAGAUGACCAGUACACUCAUGGAACGCAGACCACUACACCUUACGGCGGUGGGACGACCUACACAGGUGAAGGAGAGCACCACCAGAAAAGGGGUGUGAUGGACAAGGUAAAGGAGAAGCUGCCAGGUGGUGGUAACAAGGAUGACCAGUACUCUCAUGGAACGCAGACCGCUACACCUUAUGGUGGUGGGACCACCUAUGCAGGAGAAGGAGAGCGCGACCAGAAGAAGGGUGUGAUGGACAAGGUGAAGGAGCAGCUGCCAGGCGGUGCUAGCAAGGAUGACCAGUACUCGCAUGCAAAGCCGACCACCGGUGCACAUUACGGCGGUGGGACCACCUAUGCAGGAGAAGGAGAGCACCACCAGAAAAAGGGUGUGACGGACAAGGUAAAGGAGAAGCUGCCAGGCGGUGCUAGCAAGGAUGACCAGUACUUGCAUGCAAAGCCGACCACCGGUGCACAGUACGGCGGUGGGACCACCUAUGCAGGAGAAGGCGAGCACCACCAGGAGAAGGGUGUAAUGGACAAGAUAAAGGAUAAGCUGCCAUUUGGUGGCAGCAAGGAUGGAGAAGGAGAGCGCCACCAGGAGAAGGGUAUGAUGGACAAGACAAAGGAGAAGCUGCCAGGUGGGCAUAAGGAUAACCAGUAUUCUCAUGACACGUCAACUACUGCUGCAACUUAUGGUGGGACAGCGAACAUAGGAGAGCACCAGGAAAAGAAAGGCAUAAUGGAGAAGGUCAAAGAGAAGCUUCCUGGCGGCCACAAGAAGUAGAUCAUCAUCUUUACUCGUGUAACUUUGUGUCUGGUGUAUAAUAAGGUAGUGCCUGGUGUGUGACCUCAGCUGUGUGAUACGCAGUCGUCCAGCACUGUCUUUUAUGUAUUCUGUUAAACAUGUAACUUUGUGUUUCGUUCCCUUUGUAUGAAUAAUAUAUUUGUGUGCGCUAAUAUCUGGGAGCUGUAUUAUGCUAA